AUGGACAUAGAGGAGGCUCAAGCCGAACCUGUCCUGUAUUCGAAGCGAUCCAUCUUCUUCAUGAUUCUUUUCUCUGGUCUUGCCAUUGGUUCAGACGCAUACAACUCGGCCUUGAUGGGUCAAUUGCUACUGCUCUUGACCGUCCUGUACCCGGACACGCUCGACAUCGGAACUCAGUCGCAACUGACGAAUGCGUUCAUCAUUGGUUUGAUCAUAGGUAUGCUGGCAUUUGGCUUCCUGAGUGAUCGCCUUGGUCGCAAGUCUGGUGCCGUCUUGACAACGCUGUUCCUCUCAAUCGGUAUCAUCAUGACCGCCGUGUCUCAUGGUGUGACCCAGAAGGGAAUGUUUUGGAUGUUGACCAUCUCUCGUGGCAUCGCUGGAUUCGGUGCUGGAGGCGAGUACCCAGUAUCAGGCGCAGGUACGGCAGAGUCGACAGAUGAUAGUGCCCGUGCGAGGAAGCAUAGAGGCUUCAUCUUUGCCAUGGUCGCUGAUGUAUCUGCAUCGCUCGGCUUCAUCUUCUCUGGACUUGUUCCUCUCCUCCUUCUCCUCUGCUUCCAUCAGAAGGAGGAGCAUUAUGAGAAAGUCUGGCGUAUUUCCUUUGCUCUUGGUAUAAUUCCCCCUGUGUCCAUCUUCUGGUUCCGUUACCGCAUGGCAAUGUCUUCUGCGGAGCGACGCAACUCGUCCAGGAAGAGGAUGAUGCCCUUCCAUGUUGCGGUCCGUCGGUACUGGCGCCCUUUGCUCGGUUCCGCUGGUGCUUGGUUCCUGUACAACUAUGUUGCUUACCCCUUCGGUCUCUUCUCUUCGACCAUCUCGGCCAGUGUCAAUGCCGGUGACUCACUGGUCAAGUCGUAUGGGUGGGGAACCCUCAUCACCUGCUUCUAUCUUCCUGGUGGCUUCAUUGGCGGGUACCUCAGUGACAAGAUUGGCCGCAGAAAGACCAUGGCCCUCGGUUUCGGUCUUCAGGCCGCUCUAGGAUUCAUCAUGGGCGGAGCUCUCCCUUGGAUCCAGAACUAUACUGGACUCUUCAUCGUCCUUUACGGACUCUUCCUUACUCUUGGAGAGGUCGGCCCCGGCGCUACCAUCGUCGCGACAUCUUCCGAAUUCUUCCCCACAUCCAUUCGUGGCCAAAUGCUCGGUCUCUGCGCUGCCAUUUCCAAAGCUGGCGCCGCCAUUGGUACCAGCGUUUUCAAGCCUAUCCUAGCCUCCUAUGGUGAUGACGUAGUCCGUGGAAACCAGGCAGUCUUCCUCAUCGGGUCAGGCUUCUCUGUUCUCGGAAUGCUCGUCGCGUGGUUCUUGAUCCCCGCCAACCCGCCCAACUUGGUCGAAGAGGAUGCCAACUGGCGUACCUACCUAGCCGACCGUGGCUACGAGAUCGAGUGGGGUGACUCUGAUGCCAAGGAUCCCGCCAAGGUGACCUUCGAUGCUGUCCGGGACAAGGUCGUGGAUUAG